AUGGGUUUCGGUGCGGCGUCCCCGCCGCUGCCGAUCACUAGCUACUAUAUCAUCUACUGGGUCCCAACAUCUAUUGCUCUUAUCUUUUUCUUUGUGCGCCUCGCAGUCAAGCUCACCAAGAACAGAGGCAUGCAAAUUGAUGAUUUCUUCGUCUCUUUCGCUGCCGCAGCUGUCCUAACAGAUGCUAUCCUGCACACUUUGAUGACACCGACCUCACACAACUUGGGCCUUAUUAUGCUUGGACUUGCACAACCUGGGGCAACUUUCCUGGAAGAUGUUCAAGAAUACCUCAAGCUCCAGUUUGCAGCCAUUACCCUUUUCUGGAACAUUCUCUGGGCCGUCAAAUUCUCGCUUCUUAUUUUCAUCUGGAGAUUGACAGACGGGCUUCCUACAAUGCGCAAGUGGUGGUGGGGUGUCACUAUUUUCAACAUCAUAAUGUGGAUGAGUGCUGUUAUGUCUCAGUACUUGAACUGCCGGCCGCUCAAAACUGCUUUCAUGAUCGGAGAGGGAGCAUGCGAGACUCUACAUCCCGGAACAUCGGCUAGAGCACUUCUCUAUGCCAUGGGUGCAGAUAUAGCUACCGACAUCUCGAUCAUGGCACUUCCUUUGCGACUCCUCUACGGCCUCAAAAUCAAUAAGAAACAGAAGUUUGGACUGGUUCUCAUCUUUUCACUCGGCUUGCUUUGUGUCAUCUUUGCCGUAAUUCGAGGCGUCGGUUCAAUUGUCGGUGAUGCAAUCAUGCCAAUUUGGCUCGGCGUUUGGACUCAAAGUGAAUCAUGCGUCGCCCUCAUCGUCGCCUGUCUCCCUACUCUCCGAACGCUUCUCCUUAGUCGAUCUAUCACUGGAGGAUCUUCGGAUAGCCCGAGUAACGGGUACCGCUACGGUUCUAGGAAAUACGGUGCCGGCGGCAGUAGCUAUGCCCGCAACUCCAGGAUUGGAGGCUCAAACCACGUUAAACUGGAUGAUUUGUCUGAAUCUUCUCAUAUCACUAAAAUCGAAGCCGGCGGUUCAAAGCAAGCCCAAGUAUCGGGCAUGUACUACGAGAGAAAUAACAGCAGCGAGGAAGCGCUUCGUGGACCUGUGCCUGGAGUUGCCAUUCACACCAACAUCUCCGUUACUAGCGAACGGGCACAAGCCACGAAGGAAGUCUUUUAG